AUGCAUGGUGAGACAGCAUGGCAGCAGCUAGAAGCGCCUGGUUGGCCGCGGCCACUCCUUUGUCGGUGUAGUGUGGCAAAGGCCCAGGCCAAGGGCAGCAGCGGCAGCGGGGGCCUGGUGCACGAGGACACGUUCCGAGCUUAUCUGUCCGACGGGCUCCGGCUUUGGCGGUAUCAGCUGGCUGUGGAUGAGGCUCAGUCUACCAAUCGCGUGCACAAUGCUGCUAUCGAAUUGGAGACCCCGCGCCUUCUGACGGCCUUGGCGCAGUGCCUGAGUCCAGCUCACGCCCGGCGGUCUUCGAGUCCAGUGAAGGUGCAUGAAGACAUGAGAGGCUGCCUCGUCGUGGAGACAAAGAUCGACCUGUUGCUGUUUGGCGCCACGUCGGUGACCUUUGAGUGGCGGUUCAUCUGCGCCGAGGUGCACGACCAAGCGCUGACUGCACAGCUCUUGGUACAUCCAUACCAAAGAUUGGCCUGCGCCCUCUGGCGCUAUUGUGAGCAGCAGGUAGCUACACAGAUGCGCGAAGGUGCAUCUGGCAACAGCUCGGCUGAUCUUCCAGUCACGUCUUCCAGCAACGCCAACAAGACUGGUGCACCAGGACAGCAAGCGGCGACACAUCACCCGGGAGCGGUGACGCUUGAAGCCUACAAUGCGAACACGCUGCCAUCUCUCGCCGAAGGCGGGCCAAUGCUCACAUCAACACCUGCGCACGAUGUGAGUGCGACGUUGGAGGAGCCAGACGAGCUCGAAGGCUCGAGCAAGGAUGGCUCUUUCCCGCUGUUACCCGGCCCCAGUGCUGCGGCACGACCAAAGGAAGUUGCAAGUGCAACGAUAUCCUCCGAUUCGACUACCCGUUCCGCCCCGACCCCGGUCUCAGCUCCCCCACCAGUGCCGGCCGAGACAGCGCCAGCUGGUGGUCCACCCCCCAAGAAGAAGAAGAAGAAGAAAAUGAUUGCCUAA